AUGGCCAUGACAAAGCGGGACAGGAGGAAUCUGCAGCAGUCCAGCAGUUUCUGGUGCUCGGAACAGGGCACUGCUACAACAAGAAGGCCUGCAGUUGGGAAUGAAAAAUCAAAUCCUUCGAAGAGACACAGAGACCGUCUGAAUGCAGAGCUGGACCACCUGGCCAGCCUCCUUCCUUUUCCCCCUGACAUCGUAUCAAAGCUGGACAAACUUUCCGUCCUGCGCCUCAGUGUCAGCUAUCUCCGAGUCAAAAGUUUCUUUCAAGCCAUUCAAGAAAAGCACUUUAAGAAGCAAGUUGGCCAAAUGAUAAAAGAAGACAAUAUAUCUAACAAGACUGCUGUACAAGAAGGUGGACUUCUACUAGAAUCACUGAAUGGUUUUGCCUUGGUGGUGAGUGCAGAUGGAAUGAUAUUCUAUGCAUCAUCGACAAUUGUGGACUAUCUAGGGUUUCAUCAGACUGAUGUAAUGCACCAAAACAUAUAUGAUUACAUCCAUGUGGAUGACCGCCAGGAUUUCUGUAGACAACUGCACUGGGCCAUGAAUCCUCCCCAGAUGUUCUCGGGACAGCAACUACAGCCAGAAACAGGGGAAGAAUAUAUUCUCAGUAAAUUGUUCAAAGCACAAGAGAAUGACAGCAUGACAACAGAUUACUCUUCCUUUUUAACUCGCUGUUUCAUCUGUCGAGUUCGCUGCUUGUUGGACAGUACUUCUGGAUUCCUUACAAUGCAGUUCCAAGGCAAACUAAAGUUCCUCUUUGGACAAAGGAAGAAGUCGUCAUCAGGAACAGUAUUGCCACCUCAGCUGUCCUUAUUCUGCAUAGUGGUACCACUUCUGCUCCCUUCUGUGACAGAGAUGAAGAUGAAGAGCCUGCUUGUGAGAGCAAAACACAAAGCUGACGAUGCAGCAGCAGCAAACACAAACUCCAGUUCAAAAGGCAGUUCAGGACUUUGUGAAGCAACAGAAUUAUACGGAAGAAACAAUCACCACGAAGGUGCUGCCUUCACUAAUGCAUUACAGAUUGCUGAAAACCAAAUCAAAGCAAAGAAUAAUGGAGAAAAUGGCAUUUCUCUAGUCAAAGUACAAACAAAUGAGGAUCACUGGGUCUGGGUUCAAGCUAACACUCAGCUUCUGUAUCGAAGUGGUUGUUCAGAAUAUGUCCUUGCCCAACAGCAAAUGUUAAAGGAAGAAGAUGAACAACUGAAGAUACUGAGUGGUUUUGCCAGUUUGAAAGGAAACCUGGAGGGGCUUUCCUAUAACAGUGCCAUUGAAACUCUGGGCCAGUGGAAGCAUCUUAACUGGGCAGCAGUGAAGAAUGAACAAGAUAAUGUAAAAGUGAAGUUUGAGCCUCAUACUAAUGGUGAGUGUUUUAUGCAGGAGGAACCUCUCAGCUCUAACACAUCACUUUUAGGCAUUCAAAACAACUGCACCACAAACAGUAGCUGGACUUUAAGAAACUCCAGCUCUUGUUCUAUGAGUCAGAGAAUGAACACGUGUCCAAACAGGAGAGCUGGAUCAUUCUACAACAGAGACCAAAACUUCUUAAAUCUGGCAUCAGCUUGUCCUUCCCACUGGGGGAGCGCAGAGAACGGCCAGUGCUACUCGGGGCUCCCGCAGCGCUGUGCAGAGAGCUAUGCCACAGACCACGGGAAGCUGCAGAGACCAUUCACAUCCUCAGAGUCCCUCUAUGACACAGCCACUCCCUUGGAGAUGCCCAUCAAAACAGAAUACGACUCUGACUCUGAAAACAUUGCUGACAACUACCUGCAGAGCCGAGCCUGGCUGGAUGAGAGCGGCGCGCUGAGGAAGCAGGGCCCCGGCUAUCCCAGCAGAGUGCACCUCAAAACGGAGCCAGACCUCUGCCAGCCAGCCUUGCCUUGCCAGAAGCCAAGGCACUGCCUUUACACGCCCCAUAACUGGCAAUGCAUCGUAGCAAAUCACCCCAACAACCUGAACUUGAACAGAGCUGGCAAGGGCUCACGGAACAGGGAGGUGCCCCCCUUUUGCCCUCAGAACUCCUCGGUGUGUUUGGAAAGCAUGCCCGACCUGCCACACGCACCUUGCUACGGCCACUUCUACAGCCCCAGCCCAGGGGAGGAGAAGGAGCAGAUUAAUGAGGUGUUCAAAAUGCCAUGUGAAUUUAAAAACCCCUGCUUGGUUCAAGCCAUCAAGCGUGAGCCCCUGGAUUCUCCACCAUUGUCCAGCAGCGGACAGAACAGAGUACACGCGAGCUUCCCUGAAAAUACAUUAGCAGGUCCUGUGCCUCAUAAAACCACUGAAUGUACAUUUUUGCAAUAG